AGUAAGCCAAUCCGUGCGACCUAAAAAGUCACAUGACUUCCAGCGAGCUCUUCCAGCGGCCGUGCAAAACAUUGGAAGAAGAUUAGGAAGAACAGCGUAUCAUACAAUUUUGGGAGCUCUCAUUGAUUCCUCCCCUGGGCUGUGUUGCCAGGGCCCCUGGAAGUGCGCCCUGAUCCAUGGCUUCUAGAUCAGUGUCCAGCCCUGGGCCGGAGGUCAGCCCCAGCAGCCAGCCGUCAAGAGAGUCUCUCAGAAUGGAGCCAGUGCCUGGUUUGCCCCUUUUGCCUGGGGAGGAGAGAGUGAUAGACAAAGAGAUCAUCUACAUGUGUCCCUUCAGCGGUGCCCUCAAGGGGAAAGUCUUCAUCACCAACUACAGACUCUUCUUUAAGAGCACGGACAUGGAGAACAAAUCGGUCCUUGAUGUACCUCUGGGGGUGAUCAGUAGAAUAGAGAAGGUGGGUGGGGCUACAAGUCGCGGAGAGAACUCCUACGGGCUUGACAUCACCUGCAAGGACAUGAGGAACCUGCGCUUUGCUCUGAAGCAGGAAGGCCACAGCAGGAGAGAUAUGUUUGACAUCCUGUUCCGCUAUGCAUUUCCCCUGUCAUCUAACCAGAGUCUGUUUGCGUUCUUAAACCAGGAGAAGUUUGAAGAGAAUGGCUGGGAUAUCUAUGACCCAGUGCAGGAGUUCAGCAGGCAGGGUUUGCCCAAUGAGAAAUGGAGAAUCACCGCAAACGAGCUGUGCGAGACGUACCCCUCUAAGUUGGUAGUUCCCUGCAAGGCCACCGACGAAGACCUGCGCAAGGUGGCUGCUUUCCGUUCCCGCAGCCGCAUCCCGGUGCUGUCAUGGAUCCACCCAGAGAACCAGGCAGUGAUUGUACGCUGCAGCCAGCCUCUGGUGGGCAUGAGCGGGAAGCGGAGCAAGGAUGACGAGCGCUACCUGGAGAUCAUCCGGGAGGCGAAUGGUACCAGCAGGCUGACCAUCUUCGACGCUAGGCCAAACGUCAACGCUGUGGCCAACAAGGCCACAGGUGGCGGGUAUGAAGGUGAGGACUCUUACCAGAAUGCUGAUCUGGUAUUCCUGGACAUUCACAACAUCCACGUGAUGAGGGAGUCCCUGAGGAAGCUGAAGGAUAUUGUCUAUCCCAAUGUGGAAGAGUCCCACUGGCUCUCCAGCCUGGAAUCGACGCACUGGCUGGAGCACAUCAAGCUGGUGCUGGCAGGGGCUAUCCAGGUGGCAGACAAGGUGUGGUCGGGCAACUCUGUGCUGGUGCACUGCAGCGAUGGCUGGGACCGGACUGCACAGCUCACCUCCCUGGCCAUGCUGAUGCUGGACGGGUACUACCGCACCCUGAGGGGGUUCCUGGUCCUCGUGGAGAAGGAGUGGCUCAGCUUUGGCCAUAAGUUUGCCUCCCGUAUUGGCCAUGGAGACAAGAACCAUGCCGACGCUGAUCGUUCCCCCAUCUUUGUGCAGUUCAUUGACUGUGUCUGGCAGAUGACCAAGCAGUUCCCCACAGCCUUUGAGUUCAACGAGCGCCUCCUAAUGGUUAUUCUGGAUCACCUCUAUAGCUGUCGCUUUGGCACCUUUCUCUUCAACUGCGACAGUGCCCGCAGUGCCCAUGAGGUGAAAACCAAGACUGUGUCCCUGUGGUCCUUCAUCAACAGUGACCAGGCGUCCUACAUCAACCCCUUCUAUGCUGUAGAGAAUGGCUGUGUCCUCUACCCUGUGGCCAGUAUGCGCCAUCUAGAGCUUUGGGUGACUUACUACAUACGGUGGAACCCCAGGGUCCGGCAUCAGCAUCCAAAUCCAAUGGAGCAGCGCUACAGUGAGCUGCUGGCACUCAAGGCCCAGUAUCUGAAAAAGCUGGAGGAGUUGCAACUGUCUGACACUGCUGUUCACCUUUCCAACAGCUCUGCCCCGCCCACACACCUGACCAACAGCUCUGCCUCACCCACACAGCUGGUUACACACUUGAGAACCUCAAUGUGAUUUCAUGUCGUUCACCAGGCAGAGAUUUGUACAUAGCAAUAACUGUCAUAAUUAAGUACAUUAUUACGAUGAUCAACGCUGAAUAGUUGAGGGAAAUCUAGUACGUAGCAGUGCUGAACUUUGCAAUGAUUUAGCUACCACAAAGAAGCUUGGCAGUGUGUUUUUUCUAAAUGCAUAAGCUUGUAGGGGAAAAUAAAAACCAUCGUUAUUUUAUCUUGGUACUCAAGUUUUGCUUUUCAUAAAGCCUCUUCUCAUCCUUGCACUCCUUGGUUUUGAGCAUGCUGUGCGACCGGCCGUCAGGAAAGCUAGCUAAUCCACAGGUCAAAUUCAGGGUAUUUUGUCCUGAAGCCCGUGUGUGGCCUUAAAGCAGUGUAUUCAUUUUAAUCAAGUUACUGUAACUGGAGCAAUCACUGAGGAACCAGGGCUGGUAGCAGUCAAAGUGUAGAAAUAGGUUACACUGGUCUGUGCCAACUGUCUCUUGUUGAUAACUGAGUUUUUAUACUUGUUUUAAUCCAGUGCCACAGCUCUCUAAAGGGAAUCUCUAUUCUAUUUCCUGCCGAGGACAGCUACCUUCCCCUCGCCAGAAGCAUUUCCUGGGCACAGAGUCUACAUAGCUCUGUGGAAGGGGUGUGUAAUCUUAGAGUUUGAUGUCAAGUUUCAUCUUUUACUUAGCAGUGACUGGGGGAAUGCUGAGAAGUUGUCUUGGUGUCUGGUGAGAGUUAGGGUAGGCUUCUGAGCUGCUUGAGGCCACUGUGCUUCCAGAAGAAGAGCCAGGAUAAAUGAUUAAUUCUCCCUCAGUGCCUUAAAUGUCUGAGCUGCUCCACAGGCGAAUAUCCUGUCCUCAGCAGAAGAGUUACCUAUUUGUUGUAUGCGUCUAAUGUCUGUUAGAUGCGGCCACUUAUGAAACUGGUUUGGGUGCGUAGCUGUGCAAGUAGUAUCAACCCCAAAGCCCGUUCCAGUACCUUGAGUUAUGUUCAGGACUGGAUUUGGAUGAUGCCAGGGCGAGAGAAAGGUACUCAUACAGAUAUGCAGAAGCCCCACAAUGACAAUGCACUCUCCGCGUUUGAAGAAGGCUCAUGAACAGAAGACAAGCUUUCAUAGCUAUUUGUGUAAAAUAUACAUUUAUUUUGAAUAGUUAAGUAAUAUCUUUACUUCGAAGCAUAUUUUUGCUAUUGGAAGUUUUGUUUGUAAAGUGUACAUUCUUUAACAAAGAAUUUUUAAAUGAAUUUUUAUGCCUUGUGAAAUGGACUGAAGUAGCCAUUUCUGUUUUCUAUGCUUUUAUUUUUAUAUGUAUAUUUUUGGUGUUUGUUGGCACUUUGUAAGGUUUUAGUGUAGGGAGGUUUGCAUUUGAUUUUUGGUGUAAGGAAAGUCUGUUCAGGGAACCUUGUAAGUUUUACUUUGCUUAAGCACAGUAAUUCAGAUCCCAUGGAUUUAAAGGGAAAUGUUUUUCUUCCUUUUUUAGAAAUUAUUUUGUAACCUUACACUUUAGGAAGCAUUUUUACAGUGGCUAUACAGUGUCUUUUUAUUAAUGUUAAUUAAAUUAAUUUAAACAUU